AUGAUUUACUUAUCCGGUGUAUCUAUUUUGAAAUUUCAUGUAUUGUUUGUUGUUGUUGAUGAUGAUGGUGGUGAUAAGGAUGAUGGUAAUAUGAUGAUGAUAAUGAUGAUGAUGGUAAUGGUGAUUAUGAUAAUGAUAAUGGUGAUGGUGAUAUUUAUGCGAAUUGCUGCUGCUGCUGUUGAUGCUGCUGCUGCUGAUGAUGAUGAUGAUGAUAAUGAUAAUGCGGCUCCUCUGUACUGUAGAAUUUUGCGCCGGGGUGCAUUUCGGUAA